AUGAUAGAAAUAGAAGAUAUUACAGAUAAAUACAGGCUAGAUGAACUGAUAUCAAAUUUUUACAAAAUACAAGACAUUGAAAAAAUUAAUUAUGCCCAAUAUUCACCACCAAACCAAAAUGAUCAAUGGUCCAUUUAUAUGGAAUUCUUUUUAAGAAAGGAAAAUCCUAAAAUUUUGUUAGCCCUGUUAUCAAGAGAAUUAUGGUGUUUUAGUAUAAAUAAUGAUCCUUUACCGAAAUUACCGUCCAAGUUUGAUAUAUUUAAUCAAAGUAUUAAUUAUUUCACAAACAAUUUUACUGCUGAUACAAGUCCUAUUGAAGUCCAAUAUGUUCAACCAGUAAAAUGCGGCGAAUUUAAUUCAGAUUAUUCAAAACCAAACUUACCUCCUUAUUAUGCACUUUUCUUAAAAGCCAUACGGAGAUCUAUUUAUAUUAAUUUGAGUAUUAACUCAAAUAGUAGUUUGAUUCAGUAUGGGAAUGGAUGUAUAUCGUUAUUAGAUAACCAUCAAAUCAUUUCUAAUUAUGUAAAGUUCAGGUCCACAAACGGUAGUAAGACAAAUAUCAAUAGUAAUCCGAUAUUACAAAUAGAACCCCAUCUUUUUGCUAAUAGUAUACUUGCAGUAUCUGUCUGCUUAAAAGAUUUAAAUUUAAUAAAAUUAAAAGAGGAACACUUACAAGAUGAGAAAUUUUUGUUGGCACAUUCUCUCUAUUUAGCACCUUCUGGCAUUAGAAUGAAGAUUCUUACUGAGAAUGGUUUAUCUUCCUUGAAUACCCCUUUUACUAAAUCACCUAAAUUAUGGGCACCGCCACCCAAUGCGGAUAUAUUAUUAAGAGCUUUGCAAAUUUCCCAUGGAAUAACAUUGAAGAAAAAAGAUCAAUUGAAGUGGAUAGCGGUGAUGCCAGAUCUUGAUUAUUUAAAUGGAAAUACUCCAAGUAUAACAAAUUAUAAUAAAUUAUCUGCUAAGAAUGAAAAAAAAAUUAUUUGGCCUUUAGAUCUUUGCUUUGUUCAAAUUCAUGAUGUAAAAAACAAUAUUAAUAGCAAUAAUAUUAGAGACAAUAAUAUUCUUAAUGAAACUUCUACAAAUAAUGAUAUCGAACUAAAUUUUAAUGAUACAGAUAUACAAUUUGACAAUUUAAAUGAUGUUAUGAGUACUAUAGAUGAUUUCAUACAAAUACGACAAACUGCAGCACUGAGAACUCCAGGUAGUUCAGGCACAUUAAAUACGAACCCACUGAGCUCAGGAGGUGCAUAUACGGAACAAUUUCAACAAUAUUAUAAAAACACAGGUGUUUCAAUGCUUCAACAAUCAUUCAAAAAUAAGAUAUCCCCAACAAAUUCAUAUUCAAACGUAUCACCAUCCUUGACGUCAUCUAUGGAUAAGAAUAUACCUAUUGAUAAUGAUGCUUUUUCUACAGAAUUUUCUAUGACACCUAUUACUACCUUAGACAAUAACAAUGAAUUAUUUUCCACAGAGAAGACAAAGGUAAAGAUAGAUAAUUCUUCUUUAUCACCUUUAAAAAGUAUCGAAGACAAAAAAUUAAACAUAGAAAAUCUAAGAUUAGUCCAAGAACUUCAUGAAACUCACGAUAAAUUAGAAAACGUUAUGACUACUACAGAAAUACAAAUAUUAAAUGAAUCUGACAACAUUGACAACAAUGAUACUAAUGAUAAAGACUUAUUUGGUGAGGAUGACGAAGAUGAGGAUUCUAAGUUGAUAUUAAUCAACAAUAAAGAAUCUGACAACAAUCAAAGUAAACUAAACAAAAUAACUGCCAACAAGUCAAAUAUGGAUGAAGAAGAUGAUCUUUUUGGUGAAAUGAAUGAUACAUCUAUAGAAGAAAAAAAACACGUUUCUGAAAAAGCUACUUCCGAUGAGAUUACGGAGGAUAUGUUCGGCAUGUCUGAUGACGAAGAUAACUCGCGAGAAAAUAUGAGAAGUACAAUCGAGGAACAUCCUGCUAAUGAGUCAUUUUCUAAUAAUGAGAAUAAAAAAGAAAAUAACAAGCUAAGUUUAAAACGUAAAUAUUUAGAUAUACCAUUAGAAGAAAUUACGUUAUCAAAUAGUCCACUUUACACAGAUCCAGGUGCACCUUUACCAAUAGAAACACCUCGAGAUAAAAGAAAAAGUGUUUUUGCUCCAUUAACUUUUAAUCCGAAAAUUGAAAGUGAUGUUGAUAAUAAAUACAAAAAUGGUGGUAAGUUUUCAUUUAGUCCAACUCAAAGGGAUGAAGCAUUAAAAUUUGAUAUAUCUGUUAGUAAUGUGUCAAGUUCAGAUGAUGAUGAGGGUGAAGAUGACGAAAGUGAUUCGAGUUUUGAAUCAAUUGAAUAUAAUAAUAUUAAACAAGAACUGAAAUUAUUUGAUGGUAGUGUACAUGAUACGCAAUUUUUAAACUAUCAACCAAUGCUAGGUGUUCAAGAGUCUGUUCCUCCGUCUUUGAUAUCCGGUGGUUAUUCUUUAUCUGCUGAGUCAUAUUCUAGGGAUACUUCAAAUCCAAUUUGGAAACUUUCACAUCCAACUAAUGAACAAAAUUUAUCGCCAAUAAAAGGUACUACUUCUAAUUUUGUGAUAGAUACAGAUAAUGUGCCAGAACAAUCAUCUACUGAAGAGAUUAAAGAAUGCCUAUCUGAUAUAGCAAAAUCAGAAGAUCUACCUGUUUCAAAUUUACCGGUUACUAAUCUCUAUCAAACAAGCCCACUAUUUAAUACGCUUCCAUUUUUGUUGAGACAUAUUCCUCUUUCUUUGGUUCCUGAUAUAUAUCUACCUUCUAAUCCGAAAAUAGAAAUAACGACAGCAAACAAAGAUAUCUUAAAUAUUAUUUGUGAACAAAUUGUAUUUGAUAAUGACUUACUGGAUAACUUGAAUAUUCCAUGUGUUACUUAUGAUAAAAUAAUUUUGAAUUCAGAUGGUUUUAUUUCAAACACGAUGCAGAAUAUGUUUCCAUAUUUUACUGCUCUAAAUGGACCUGGAUUGGUUAAUAAAAUCUACAGAAUGAAACAACCUUUCGUAUUUAUCAAAAAGCAACAUGAAAUUAUUAAAAUUAAGUCUGAUUCUCAUCCCUUUGGCAAGUUUUUAAAUUUAAAGCCACCCAUGGGUAAUAAAAAUUUCAAAUUUUUUUUAUUGACCGAUUCAUCAGAUAUUGUAUAUGAAAUGUUUGUAUCUACAUUAUCUCAAGCGUAUAUUAAUUAUGAAUUUGGGUUUUGUGAAUUGCUAAAAUUGACACCUACCGAUACAAGUGGAUUAAUUCAAUUAAAAACAUUUGAACAAAGUGAAUUAUUGCUUCUUGCUGCUCAAAUUGUAUCAUAUUGCUCGACUAGUAAGAAUUUAGGAAAAGAUGCAACUUUACUGAUUAUAUUGCCAUUAGAAGUUAACACUCUCAACUGUUUAUUAUCUAAUCUCAAAGUUUUUCAAGUCAUUAGAGAUGAAGUAAGAUCCAAGAUCCCACAUAUUGACUUGCUUUUAAAGGUAAUACCACAUGAUUUCAUAAAAAACCCUUUAACUUCAAUAGAUGAAUAUUACAAUCUUUGUGUUAGCAUUUACAAUAUUUUGUGGCCAAAAGAUAUUAAAUUUACUGCAAUUGCACAUAAACUUCCAAGUAAGAUAUCUUUUAAAACCUUUCAAAAUAAUGAUGGAUUAAGUGCUAUAACUUAUGACUCUUAUAUCCAUAUAGCCUACUCUAGAAGCAUUGACAAAAAGUGGGUAUUCUGUGCGUUAAGUGAUAGUGAUGGAAAAACUAACAGUGUUAAAUCAUGGUACGUCGGGAAUUCUAAACAGAAGUUUGAUGAUGCUUGUACACAAUUAUGGACAAUGGCAUUGCAAUUGGCAUAUAAGAAAUACGGUAAGAUAUGUUUGAUUUUAACUAGAUUGAACGGUAUUUUACCUGAUGAUGAAUUAAUCAAUUGGAGGAGAUUGUCAAGUAGGAGUAUUCAUCUAGCUGUUGUUUGUGUUGAUGAAGAUACAAAAAAUUCAUUUUAUGAUGGGGAUAGAAUGUAUCCAAGCUUUAAACCACUCGUUAGAAAUCCUAAAUUGUUUGAAAUGAUUGAUUAUUCUAAUUUAGAUAAUUAUGAGGUAGUUAACAUAGACGAUGAUAUACAUGGUGUUAUUUUUCAGAAUCCAUUUCCAUUAUCUAAUUCUCAACAUAGAUGUGCUAUAAAAAGUGGUGCCCUAGUUAGAUUUAAUGUGACUGGUGAUAAAACGAUAUGGGACAAAUUGGAAGUUAAUUUGUUAAAUUGUCCACAUUCAGAUAGUACUAAAUUACUCGAGAUUGUCUUAGAAGAAUUUAGAAACCUUGCUGCUUUAAGUAUAUGGUUUGGUGUUUCUGAUGGGAGAACAUCACAUAUCCCAUGGCAUAUUUUAGCAGUGAAAAAAUUGAUGAACACAUUAGUGCAUAUAGAAGUUGAUUUAAACGAAUCUCAACCUGAAAAAUAG